GAGCAUUGUUAAACACUCUUUCGAGACUAUUGAGAGCAUCACGGUGCGAAAUAAUUUCUUUGGCAUGGGCCGAGUGAGCCAUUUUCUAACAUUGUUGAUAUUUGCUUCGAAUACAAAUAUCACGCCUGGUCUUGCCAGUUUUCUCUAUAACAAUAUGAAUCAAUGUGAUCCAACUAUUCUCUUGUUUCUUGAUUAGUCGCUUCAUUAGGUGAGGAUAGGGCUGAAUCCUUCGCAUCUCUGAAUUACGUUGUACAGACACCAAGGAUCAGAUCCCUGUAUUGAUAUUCCCCCUGAAUCAAGCUAAGAUGAGGCUCUCUUCAAUUUUUACCCCUAUAUGCAUAUGCGUGGGAGUCGUGUCAAGAGUUCUGGCAGUCACUACAAAUGGCACAAAUAUGGUAUAUGGUUUCGACUCGAUACCAACGUCCCCAGAUCUGCAAUGGGUACCAUGCUUCGACGACUUCACUUGUGCGAACCUAGAAGUUCCGAUCGACUACGAAGAUCCUACUCUUGGUACCACCUCUAUCGCGUUCAUAAAAUUAAGGGGCGAAAAUGCUACCGACGAUGCACAGAGUAUUCUAAUCAACCCAGGUGGCCCUGGAGGUUCAGGCGUGGAUAUGCUUCUCACGUAUAGAGCCAAUGCUGGCCCAAUAUUCGGUUCACAAUAUAAUGCCAUCUCGUUUGAUCCGCGGGGGGUGAAUAACAGCGGGUUAGUAUUUGACUGCUUCGCUGGCAACUCCGCAGCAAAAACAGCCCUCGUUAGGCUUCACACUCCCGGUAGAGUUAACGCUUCCACGGAAUCUAUCAUAAAUCAAUAUUAUUCAGCGACCAUAUUAGGUGAAUGGUGCGACGUUGCCGUCCGGGAAAAUUCUCCUUAUGGCUACUAUGUCACUACACCGGCAGUGGUCCGGGAUAUGAUUACUUUCAUCGAAGCAGAGGCGGAAUCGAUUGGAAAACCGAAGGCCGAUGCCAAACUUUGGUUUUAUGGUCUCAGUUAUGGCACUAUAAUUGGCACUACCUUCGCGUCUCAAUUCCCAGAUAGAGUCGGUCGAAUGAUUUUGGAUGGUGUCGUUGAUGUUGAACAGUAUUACACUAAUACUUGGAGGGACAACGUCGUGCAAGAUGACGAAAUGGUAAACUCCUUUGCCAAGUUCUGCUAUCAGGCCGGUCCCAAUAAUUGCUUAUUUUGGGGGCCUUCCGCAGAGAACAUAACGAAUCGCCUUGAUCGCAUUAUGUUACAGUUGGAGCAGGAACCUAUUCCUCUAUCUGGGCUCGAUACGGGCAAGCUUCCGACAUUAGUAACCGUAUCUGACUUGAAGGGUUACAUCUUAAGCGCUGGGUACGAACCUCUGGUUUAUUUCCCGCUAUUAGCGGACACUCUCGUUAAUGUGGAGAGGGGAAACGUCUCUACUCUAGCCGGUGUAGUAGAGAGUUUCGGACAGUUCCCUGAUGCCGACAACAUAAUCAGAUGUGCCGACACUUACACAAGAAAUAAACUCGUUACCCUUGAUGCAUACAGGGAGUAUGUCGAGUUUACGACGUCGAAGAGCCGAUAUGUAGGGGAUAUCUAUCCUACAUCUAACGAUAUCGUUACAUGCAGGGGGUUCCAUCAUAACUUACCUGACAGCAUGACUUUUCAAGGGCCCCUUCCACCAACAAGCAACGGCACGGCUUUUCCUAUUCUCUUCGCGAGCAACACUAUUGAUCCCAUCACACCGAUCGUCGGGGCUCGAAAAAUGGCAGAGGGAUUCCCAGGCUCGGUUGUGCUAACCCAAGAAGCUGUUGGACAUACCGUCGCUAAUCAAGGUGGCUCGCCGUGUUACUUUAAUUAUCUACAUGCUUACCUCGCUGGCACUAUGCCUCCACCUCACGUCACUUGUCCUAUUGAUCGCGUACCAUUUAUAGAUGGUGGGGUUAUGGCCGUGGUUGAAGGCACCUAAGCAGUGACGGAAUGUGCCGAAAAUAAUUCCUGAGUGUUGGGCUCGUCCGUUUUCAUGGCCUCAUUUCGGCGAUAGAAUAAGAAAAUAAUUCAAGAGACACGGUAAAAAUAUGAGUUCUUGGGAACACCAGUAAAUUUACUUCUAGAGGGUGUAAUAAUACGUUGAAAUAAUGCUGUUAUACACGGUUACGUAUUACAAAUACAGAACAUGAUGCGCUAUAUUUAGCGACCUUUUAUAGUGGGAUGCCUACCUGGGUACAGGGCUUACAUCAAUUACUUCCUGGCUCCCGUCGAUUAUAAUCACAAGGGCUUUCGCGCUAAA